UAACAAAAUCCAGGAACAGGAAAAAGAACCUAACCUUUUGACUCUAGGCACACACCCUCUUACACAACAAGACAAACUACACAGAUCAUCAAUCAUUACAAAAACUCUUUAAAAUGGUUUCUUGAAUCAAAGGUCCUCCUUUUGAUAGAUCGCUAAAAGAUGAAGGGUGAUUUGUGGAUUGUGUGUUUGUUGUUCUGUCUCUUUUCUUGGGUAGUUUCAAUGUCCUCAGCUCAAAAUAGCAGAAAUCUGUCUGCAACUUGUCCCUUAGAUUUUGGCUAUGUUCUAAGAGUUCCAUGGUCCAGUUCUAAAUGCAAAGUUCUGAAUUCAACUCCUCAGAUUUCCAAUGGUUCUGAUAUUCCUACAUCAAGCAAAGGCCAGUGUUGUCAGAACCUUUUGUCCCUUUUUGGUGUUGCUAUGGCUCAACAUCUUAAAGAAACCUCCCUUUUCCAUCUGCCCAAUUUGGAAACUUCUGUUUCUUGCAUCCAAGAAUUCCAAUCAAAGCUCAAUUCUUUGUCUCUGCCUUCAAAUCUUUCCUCUUUCUGUUUUGACCCUUCUCAGUUUGUCAUCACACCAAAUAUUUGUGCUUCAAUUCAGACCACAAAAGAUUGGACUAAAAAGCUGGGGCCUUCAACUGUUUUGGAUUCUGGUUGUAGGUCUGAUCUUGAGGAUUUUACUGCCUGUGAUGGAUGUGUAGCAGCUGGCCUUAGAGUUCAGCAACAGUUGAUUGCAAUUGAUGGUAAUAAAUCUCAUUCCACUGAUUGUUUUUACUUCACAGUUUUGUAUGCUGCUGGAAUUGUCAAUGAGUUUGGUCCUGAAAGUACUGGUGCCAUAUCAUGUAUUUUUAGUAUUGAUUUGAAUGAAAGUUCAUCAAGUAAGAGACAUUUAGCUUUAAUCUUUGGGUUGGCUGGAGCUGGUAUUGCAAUAUUAUGCAUGUCUAUUAUGUUGGGAUUGUAUUACUGGUGGAACAAAAGGUGGAGGAAAAAUGAUGAUGUGGAAAUGGAAGAUACAGUGUCUAGGCGAAGAAUGAGGCCUAAAACUGCUGUUUGGUUCAAAAUUCAGGAGCUUGAGAAGGCAACAGAUAAUUUUACCCAAAAGAAUUUUAUAGGGAGAGGUGGAUUUGGAGUAGUCUAUAAAGGAACAUUAGCAGAUGGUACUGUUGUUGCUGUCAAAAAGGUUAUAGAAUCUGAUUUUCAAGAAAAAGAUGAAUUUUGCAAUGAGGUUGAGAUCAUAAGUAACUUGAAGCAUCGUAAUCUUGUGCCGCUUAGAGGGUGUUGUGUGACUGAUGAGAAUCGGAUUGAAAGUGGGGAGAGUGAAAGAUACCUGGUUUAUGACUACAUGCCCAGUGGAAAUCUUGAUGAUCACUUGUUUCAUGUAAAUCAAGAUGGAAAGAUGAAGCAACCGUUGACUUGGCCUCAGAGAAAAAACAUAAUUUUGGAUGUGGCAAAAGGAUUAGCUUAUCUGCAUUAUGGGGUAAAGCCAGCAAUUUAUCACAGGGACAUUAAAGCAACGAAUAUACUGUUAGAUGCUGAUAUGAGAGCAAGAGUGGCUGAUUUUGGGUUGGUUAAGCAAAGUAGAGAAGGACAGUCUCAUCUUACCACCCGUGUAGCAGGAACACAUGGUUACUUAGCUCCCGAAUAUGCUCUCUAUGGGCAAUUGACUGAGAAGAGCGAUGUUUAUAGCUUUGGAGUUGUUGUUUUGGAAAUAAUGUGUGGAAGAAAGGUCCUUGAUUUCACUUCAGGGUCGCCUCGUGCUUUUCUGAUCACAGAUUGGGCUUGGUCGAAGGUAAAAGCUGGAAAGAUAAAUGAAGUUUUGGAUGCUGUCCUAGUAAAGAAUGAUGAGGAUUCAGGAAACGCAAAUCCAAGGUCUAUAAUGGUAAGAUUUCUUCUCGUUGGAAUAUUGUGCGCCCACGUGAUGGUGGCGUUGAGGCCAACUAUAUUGGAUGCACUGAAAAUGUUGGAAGGAGAUACUGAGGUUCCUGAAAUUCCAGAUAGGCCAGCACCUCUUGGACAUCCUUCAUUUUAUAAUGCUGAUGGCAACACAUUUAGCAUAUCACCGGCCUUGAGUUGCUUGCGACUGGCUGCUGGAGACAUGCUAAGGUGAAAAUAUGAGGUUGGGAGAAAGCUAAUUGCAUUUCUGCUUGAGUUGAUUCUCGUAACUGAGUGCCUUGGGAAACUUUUUGAUCAAGAAUAUUAGCUCAGAGACUUCUGUUGCUUUCGGAUUUCCAGUCAAAAGGGACAUAUUUAGAAGUCUUGAGUGUAGAAUGAAAACCAGAAACAGCAUCUACUUGUACUCCGGCUAAACAAAAUAAGAGGACUUGGAGUUCGACUAGAUUGCCAAUUCAACGGAAACCAAAAGUAAUUGAAAAAUACUAGAGUAUUACAUCUUGGCAGAUGUAAGAAUUUCUUCUUUCUUUGAUUCAUUCCAACAGCCAAGAGCUCUGACAAUCUUCUAGGCAAACAUCAGAUUUUCUAUUGGUUUCCUUUCUUAAGAGGUAUAUAUAUCAGACUUUGUAAAUACAGUAGUAGCUGAUAUUCCUCUGUAAUAUAGCUAGCUUGCUUCAUUCAAGGCCAUGGUGCUUUGUGUUGCACUCUGUACAUUCAUAUAUUUACAUGUUUAUGUUUCAAAGUUCUUGAGACAAUAUUCCCUACUGUACUGUUUUCUGCCAAGGAGACAGUGAAUAUUGCCAAUUACGCUAUGCUAAUAUCCUGGUUUUCUCUGAUUUAA